AUGCAAUGGAAUCCCCCUGCAGAUAGCUCAUGGAUCCUUAAGCAAAUUUUGAAUAGAAGAGCUGCAAUUGACGACAAUCAGCAAUGGGAACAAACUCUACAAUUCGACAAGUUCAAUACUGGGAAGCACUACCAAUUGAUUAGAGGUGGUAGAGAACAAGUCACUUGGAAGAAAGUCCUUUUUCAUAACAAUGCGAGACCGCGUGCAAAGUUCCAUCUUUGGCUAGUGCUUGUGGGGAGAAUUCUCACUAAGGAUAGGCUUACCAAAUUUGGCAUAAUAACUGAUAAAGGUUGUUGUUUUUGUCAAGAGGAUGAAACAAUUGAUCACCUUUACUUUGGCUGUAGGUACAUAGAGCGGAUUUGGCGGACAAUCUUGACUUGGAUGGGCUAUAACAGAAUUGGUGAACUGUGGAAUGCUGAACAGGAGUGGAUUAUAAGAGAAGCAAAUAAGAAAGGUUGGAGAAGACAGUUGUUGAAAACUGCUUUAGCAGAAACUGCUCAUAUGAUUUGGAAAGUGAGGAAUGAAGCCAUAUUCCAUCAAAAGCUACCUGAUGAAGAUGUAGUGAAGCAAAUCCAUUAUAUUGUGGCUAUUAGAGGCAAUAUGUUAAAGAGUCUUAGCAAUCAUAUAAAUAGAUGA